AUGCAGCCACCAAUGCUAGAAACCUUCAAAACUCCACACAACCUCUCCAAUUCCCAAAUUCUGAUGCUCAAAGAAUUCUUCAAAGAAUUUCAAUUUCUGACAAACGAGAGGAUAUCUUGGAUUAGGAAAAGAAUUGGGAGCGAGGUGGAGACACGAACGAUCCAAAAUUGGUUCAAGGAGCAGCGAGACCUGAACAUUCGAGAAUUGGAGAAGAAUCCAAGAGCUGAACAGGACCUUCCCAGCGAAAUGGCAUUGCUGCAUAUGACUUAUGAUCGGGAGCCAGAUAUCAGGAAUAUAAAAUUCCUCUCCUGGGCGACGGUUCAUCAAGUGUCAGAGGCCGAUGUCCGCCGCUAUUACAAAGAAAGGACAUCAAAAGAGGCAGAAGGACUAAAAAGGCAACAGAUCAUUCAAAAUGCCGAUGAGCCGAUCAAACAGGAAAUUGAGGAGAGUCCAGCUCCGAUCAUUCAAAAUCCAGAAGAGGAAAUCAAACAGGAAAUUGACCAUAAUUUUGCGAUCCCAAAAAUUCGGAAAAGAAGAGAACGUCUUCCGAUUGUAUCCAUGCAACCAUCAGAGCUUCCAGUGACUUUCAAGAAUCCAUACAGCCUGUCGAAUAUCCAAGUUCUGAAGCUCAAAGACUUUUUUGAGGAAUUUCAAUUUUUGACGGAGGAGCGAACAUCCCGGAUUAGGGGAAGAAUCGGAAGCGAGGUAGAGAUCCAAACGGUGAGCUUUUUUUGCUAA